GCCAGCUUCCUAACUCAUCAUCAGUCAACUGUCGAACAGAGUUAAGUCUACACGCACAUCUCGCAAGUCGAAUUCAAAACCAACAAACACUUCAAGAUGAAAUUCCUGAUUGCAUUCGCCGCCCUCGUUGCCGUUGCCCUGGCUGCCCCCGCUGAUGAACGGGACGCCCAUGUCGUCCGGUACGAUAACGACCACCACGGAAUCGAUGGAUAUAAUGUGGCGUACGAAACCAGCAACGGAAUCGCCGGAAAGGAACAGGCUGAGCUGAGAUCUUUCGGAGAUGACGUCGCCGCCAUCGUCGUUCGGGGAUCGUACUCGUACACCGGUGCCGACGGACAGGUCUACACCGUGAACUACGUUGCGGAUGAGAACGGAUUCCAGCCGGAAGCUGCCCAUAUUCCUCGUGCCUAAGAAGGUGAAGUGUUGAGAUUGUGAACUUUGAGCGAGUGAAUUUGUGAUAGAAUUGCGGUGUGAAUAAACUACCUUAGGAAUUUUUAAAGGAA